AUUUGAUUUGUGCGGAGGGACAGCGGAACUCGCAUGACCGACUGAAGGCGCACCAAUUAAAACAGUUGCGAAACAUCUACAGCGUGAACACUGAGUACAGCUCGUCCUCCCGGGCUGUCUCCAUGAUGACGAUGAAUGCGCGUGCGACGGAGCGUCGUGAUCCCCCAAGGUGCAAAAAGAACCCACGGGGAGGCAGCGAACUUCCUGAAGGAGUUACG